AUGCCGAGCCCAAGAAAUUGGGGUCUUUGGACCAAGGUUAUCGUAGCGGGCAUCGCGGUGAGCGUGGGCGGCCCGGCGCUGACCUACUGGGUCGUGCCGACCGAGGAGGAGCUGCGCUCGCGGUACAACCCGGACCUGCUGCGCAAGAGCAUCGAGGGCCGCGCGGAGCGCGAGGCCGAGUUCAACGAGAUGGCGGUGGGGGGAGCAGUCUGGACGGUCAUCAAGGAGGAGGAGGAGAACCAGAAGAGGCAGGAGGCCAAGUCGACGAGGGACCUGGCGAGGGAGGCCGAGGCGCGGCGCGAGGAGAUGCGCAAGGAGGCGGGCCUGAAGUGA